AUGGGCGCGCCGGUUCCGCCCCGUGCCGCGCCGAGCGCCGCCCCGCAGCGCGCCUUGGGAGAGCGGCGGCGGCCGGGGGGGCCCGCACUGAUCCCCGUGCCCCCGCCCGGCCCGGCCCGGCCCGGCCCGCUCCGCUCCGCUGGCAGCAGCCGCAUGUCGGGGCCCGGGGCGCAGAGCCGCAGCCGGCGGCUGCCCGCUGAGAUGGAGCAGGCCCAGCGGAACCUGGACGCAGAGCAGAUGCAGCAGCAGCAGCUGAAGCUGCGGGACAGACAGAAGUUCUUUGAGGAGGUUUUCCAGCACGAUGUGGAUUUCUUCUUCCCCAUGUCCCACCUGCAGAUUGAGCACCGGAGACCCCCCUUAGGCAGCAUUUCCUCCAUGGAGGUGAACGUGGACAUGCUGGAGCAGAUGGAUGUGCUGGACCUGUCAGACCAGGACACUGUGGAUGUGUUUCUGGGCUGUGGGACAGAGGAGAGCAGCAUUGCUGGGUCUCUGCCAGGGGCAGAUGCCAGCCAGUGCCCAGAGGAGAUCACCCUGCAAGUGCCCAACGCAGCCGAGAGCAAAUCUCGCAUUUCCUCCACCUCCUCUGCCUCCACGGACCUGAACAGCCUGGACACCAGCGAGGAGGGGGCCGAGACCCCCGUGGUGCAGUCGGAUGAGGAGGACCUGCAGGAGGACAGUCCCAAAGAGCAGGUGGUGAGGAGCUAGCAGGCAGCUCUGCCCUGCUCCCAGCCUCCUCCCUACGGACUGGCCGGCCCAGAAGGAAAAGCUGCUGGUGCUCAGUGAACCCCAUCCUGGACUGCUGCCCUGCCACAGGGGAGAGAGGGUUUUCCCCUCCUCUCCCUCCACGUGUUCUCCUGGCAGCUAAAGGAGAAGGAAAGGGGUACUGUAAGCUCCCAAAAUUAACUCUUCAGGCUUUGCUGCUAACACUCCCUGCUUCAACCCCCCACCUCCCAACAUGCUCAGCAUCCCACAGCCCCACCACCUCCAGAAAGCCAUCCCUUGGGAUCCCAUUCUCCCUGCCCUACUGACAAAGUUUCUGUCCAGACAAGCACUUAAUGAUGGCACAGAGAGAAAUAACACUGAUCUA